UCUCCGGUAGUGUCAGCUCUCCCUGGGGAUUCAUCUUCGUGGUUUAUGAUCACAGUUUUUUACAUAGUUCCUGAUAGACCGCUAUAAGGUGGACCAGCACUCUUGUGCACAUGAAAACAACUCCUGAGCACUGAGUUUGAUGCUUCUAAAGAAUCAGAGAGGAGUCAUCAACAUGAUUUGGACGUAUUCAACUUUACAAGACUCACAGAAAACUUUCUGGAGGAACAACAGCCAAUUGUCAACAUUUAAGAGUUGCUUGGAGUGAAGAAUAUUUACUUUGAUGUCCAAAGGAUCCUUCUGCCUCAUUACUGAACAAUGGGGAAGUCAGCAUUAGAGAUGUGUACUUUCCCUUUGAAACCUUUACAAUGAAUCAUGGAGGAAAACAGUUCAUAUCUGACCCCUGAGGACAAUGACAGCACCACAGUUUGGGCACCAAUGCCCUCAGCUCCCAGCAGACAGCUGGGCACCCUUCCCAACCCGCAGACACGGUUCAAGGACCUAACAGGGAUAUUUUUCAUGGUGACCUUGAAUGUUCUGGCACUUCUGGCCAACACUGCUGUUCUUGUUGUUGUCAUAAAAGCCCCUCAUCUCAGGAAAUUUGUCUUUGUGUGCCACCUGUGUGCAGUGGACCUGCUGUGUGCCAUCUUGCUCAUGCCUCUUGGGAUUGUGUCCAGCUCUCCAUACUUUGCUGGUGUGGUGUUCACUGUACUGGAGUGCCAGGUCUAUGUCUUCCUUAAUGUAACCCUCAUAGCUGCCUCUAUCUUAACCAUCACAGCCAUCAGUGUGGAGCGUUACUACUACAUCGUCCACCCCAUGCGCUACGAGGUCAAGAUGACGCUGAAGCUGACUGCAGCCGUGAUAGUGAUGGUGUGGGUGGCCUCUGUCGUGCUGGGGCUAUCCACUGUGUUUGGGUGGCCGUCCUACGGCAGCCUGAGCUCCAUCAGUGCUGCACACUGCUCGCUGCAUUGGAGCCACAGUGACCACCGACGAGUCUUCUCUGUGCUCUUUAGUGUCACCUGUUUCUGCUUGCCUGCUGUUGUGAUUUUUGCUGUCUACUGUAAUGUUUACAAGGUUGCCCGUGUGGCUGCCCGUCAGCAUGGACCUCUGCCCUUAUGGACAAACAGUCAGCUGAAGCAUCGCUCUGACUCGAUAAACAGCCAGACUACAAUCAUCACAACUCGCAAUGCCCCACGUAGGAUUAUGCGUGACCGGCCUUUUGGUGGAGGUAAAGCAGCUCUCACUCUGGUGGUCAUUGUUGGCCAGUUUCUGAUCUGCUGGCUGCCUUACUUUGCCUUCCACCUCCAUCUGACGCUAGACGCGACACCUACGAUACCUGAGGACCUGGAGGAGGCAGUCACCUGGCUGGCCUAUUCCUCCUUUGCUAUUAACCCAUUCUUUUAUGGGCUUCUUAAUCGGCAGAUCAGGGAGGAACUUUGUAAGCUGAGGCGCUGCUACUCAGCCCGGCCAGUGGAACUGGCUGUCUCUAGCCAUGACGGCUCAGGCCAUGAGAACUUCCUGCAGUUCCUCCAUAGGACCAGCUGCACAAUAGAGACACGUGCAAGCUUCGCCACAUCCAGUCCUAGGAGCACACUGGAUCAAACUGGGCAGACUGGUUUCAGGAUACCAGGACAGAUCCCAGAGGAGUUUAGUUAGAUAUACCUCACUGUUGUGCCACAGUAUUUGUAGCCUGCAGGACUAUUACAGCUACAACAUAAAAAGUGAUUCACAGAGGUUAACAGCACUUGACUGUCUGCAAUAUAUCCGUAAACUGUAUUUGCAUACAGUAAAAGCUAAGAUACAGCAUCAAGAAAUAAACAAACAGUUUUUGUUUUUUAACUUUACGUACUUUUAUUUUUUUAUUUUGGGAUUAAGAUUACACUCAGAAACAAUCCUGAUAUAGAAAUUUAAUGGACAUAGUUUCUUAAAUUAUUGUUACUGUAUUUGUGGCUAAACAAGUGUGAUAAAGUUACACUUUAAUUUGACUAGCUACUAAUGCAAAGUUACUGUUUAACUGCAAUCAGUACAUCUCUUUUGUUAUAAAGUAACAAACACAAAUAUCACAUUAUACUUGAAUAGUAAGUCAUGACAAUAUAAUGAGUAGACAGAUCUACAGGUUAAUACUGUCUCAGAAAUUACAGAUUUACAAUACAGAUGAAUGUGAGCAGUCAUUAAUUUUUCAGAAGUUCUUAAGACUACUUAUAUGAGGUAUCAAUAUAGCAGCAAUAUUCUUUGUACUUCAAAGUAAUUCAAUGUUGUCAUGUUGUAUUUAUGUUGCAGGAAUUAAUGUAAAUGUAUUUAUUGUAAUCAAGAGACACAUAACUGUUUGUUCAAUAAUGUAUUGUUUCUUAUUGCUUUAAAUGUGCAAAUAAACACUGGUUAUUUCAA